AUGAAGCUUUUUUUGCAAAUUAAUACGCAGGAAGAUUGUAUUAAGCUUCAGGAUGACUUAAACCGGUUUACAACUUGGUUUGAGGCGCUGGGCUUGUCGCUAAACAUUUCUAAAUGUCAAGUUAUGUUUUUCACUCGCUCUAAAUCUUCCAUAAUACAUUAUUAUUUUAUCAGCGAUUCUAACCUUACUGGUGUUUAUGACACUGACAUAGAUCUUGGCAUUAAAUUUAAUGCUUCUUUAGAUCCUCGACCCCAUAUUGAUAUGAUUUGUUGUAAGGCGCUUAAGGUUCUCAGUUUUAUAACGAGGAUAGCUUCUGACUUUAAACUUAAAUUAGUAAUAAAAGCACUAUUUUGCACGUUAGUUCAUCCUAUUUUAGAGUAUGGUGCUAUCAUCUGGAAUCCACAUACAGCCAACGACUCUUGUUUGGUUGAAAGAGUACAACGUAGGUUUUUGCGGUUUGCUGGUUUUGUAUUAGAUAUUCCUCAUCCCCAACAUGAAUAA